CGACGCUCCGACCUGACAUCCCCUUCCUCUCCAGUUGACAACGCACGCUCAGCAAUAUUGACAGCUGAAGGGUCCACAUAUGCGCCAUGUUACCCCAGAAGGGCCAAAAGACCCCGUUGACCCGGUCCGCUGCACGGAGACCCUCGGGUUGCCGAGCCCUUCUCGCAUGCGUGAAAUGCAAGGAAAAGAAAUGGAAGUGCGACAAUAAUCCCUCGGGGUGUAACAACUGUCUACGUGCUGAGUCCGUCUGCCUCGUAGAAGACCCCGUCACGAGGACAUUUCGGCCUCGUAACUACAUCGAGAUCCUCGAGAAACGAGUGGAGUUUCUGGAGAGCUUGCUAAAGGAGCGCUGUCCUGAUCUCGUCUGCAGUGAUUUGUUCAAACGUCAUGCACCCGAGAGACAGAAAGCACCCACUACUUCCCCGCGGAUACAACACAUAAUUAAUUCUGAUGUCCACCACAGUGACCCGAUGAGUUCCCGCAAAGCCAAAAAUGAUUCGAGCCGAGACGACGCUGUCGACAAGCUGGAAGCAAAAGUGGGCCUACUGAGUCUCAAUGCCGCGGGCGCAGAGCCUCAAUAUCUGGGUUCGUCUUCGAUCUUCGCCUUCUCGCGCUUGAUCAAUCCGUCUCUUCGCCAGGUGGUUUCCUCCGAUCUUCCCACGGGCACCGUGGCUGAUGGGCCGGAGAAUCGCGUCUCGGUGCUACCGUCACCAUGCCUGCUGCCCGAUCACGAGUCUGCAGUCAGGCUCAGUAAUGUCUAUUUCCAGAAUGUGAACGUCCACUACCCCGUCCUACAUGAGCCGACUUUCAGGACAUGGGAGUCCAUGUUGCUACAGGAGUCGGCAGGCCAGGCAAACCUACAUCCGGAUUAUAUCUCAUUGAUCUUCUUGAACAUGGUAUUCGCUGUUGGGGCGUUGCUUCUGCCCCAACUGGGAUUCUCAGCGGAACGCCUGUAUACAUCAGCACUAAUGUAUAUCGAUGAUAUCCUGAUCCAUGAUAACCUCGAAGCGGUGCAGGCCAUCUUGUGCUGCGCCAUCUACUCCGUGAGAUCUCCGACGGGCACUUCGCACUGGAAGCUCGGCAGUCUGGCGCUGCGUCAGUGCAUCGAUCUGGGGUACCAUCGACAUACAAAGCACUUCUCCGUCCCCGCAGAAGAUUUAGUUCGGACUGAACUUCGCAAGCGGGUGUUCUGGUGCGCCUAUGUGAUAGAGACCCAGGCUGCCGUCAUGUUGGGCCGACCGUUGAGUGUACCGUAUCAAGAGGUUGACGCUGAAUAUCCCAUUGACAUUGACGAUACGUGCAUCACGAGCACAGGACUACUAGGCACGCCCCGGAGCCGCCCGCAGGAAGCACCCACCACCAUGACGAGAGCGAUCUAUACCUUCCGCAUGCGCCGUCUUCUGAAUCUCAUCCACACCCGCCUCUACUCCAAGGCCGACCCCAUCUGCUCCGGCAAUCAUGACCGGCAGCGUGACGUUGCGAACAUCCGCGCCAAGAUCGAGAAGUGGCGCACGGAACUGCCGCCCUCGCCGCCCUCCCAUGCCGAAAAUGACCUGGCCCUAUUCACGAGCGCAGACUGGUACGAUCUGGAGUACAACUACACAAUCCUCCAGCUCUGUCGCGCCCAGAUCCUCGACCUCCGGGCGGGAGGAAAGGCGAGCGAGGAUGUCUUUCUGGAAUGUCUUCGAGCCGCAGAAAGCAUCUGUCAGAGCUACCGCCGGCAGUUCCUGGGGAAGCCGACGAGCUGUACCUGGGCGGCGCUGCAUGAGCUGUUCCUGGCGGGAUUGACAUAUCUCCACUGCCUGUGGACGACCUCGUCUGCCGCGCGAGGAGAGGUCUCUGGCCCCGCGCAGGCAAACAGCACCUGUAACGAUUGCACGAUCGCGUUGGUGAUCAUGGCGGAACGCUGGGAUGUGGCGGCGCCGUAUCGGGAUAUCUUUGCGGCUCUGGCGAGCCGGACACUGUCAAUGUUGGGUGACAAGGCUUGCGCUGAAAGAUUAUCCGAUCGUGAUGAUUGCACGGAAUGGAUGAAUAUGGUCGCCCAAGCUGGAGUGCUCAACGGCUCUAAUGGCCUGUUGACUGGCAUAGAGAGGGAUUGAUCUCUUUUUCUUACAUCCAGGGCUGUUCUGUGCAAGUAUCCUCGCCAAUUCACGGCUCUGGUGAUAUCAGUAUGAAGAUACUACGGUCAAAUAGAGGGCCAUGAACAGCUGAUGGGAUAUAUAGG